AUGGAAGCCCCCGAGCUCUCGCCUGCGGUGGGCGCGCUGCUGGACGACGGCGACAUCGAACACGUGCAGAGGACCUUUGCCAAAGUGGCCGUCGUGGGUGCAGAGGCGACCGGCCGCAUGCUCUUCGGCCACAUUUUCCGCAUUUCACCUGAAGUCAAGAAACUCUUCUCUUUCGCCAGGGACGAGGAGACAAUGUGGCUGCCAGGAAGCCGCUUAGAGAAGCAUGGUGCCAGGGUGGUGAACACCAUGGCAGUAGCCGUCUCCUUGCUGGAUGACCUAGAAACCUUAGAACCGGAAUUGGAGAAGCUGGGCGUGCAGCAUGUGCGCUACAAGGUUCUCGCCUGUCAUUACGAUCUCGUAGGCCAAGCCUUCAUCGCCACCUUGGAGGAUCUACUCGAGGCGGAAUUUACAGAGGCCUUGAAGAGCGCCUACCAAAAGGUCUGGAGCUUUCUUCAGAACACCAUGAUCGCAGACAAUUACACCUGGUGA